AUGGCCAUCCACGACCAGGAUGGUGUCGAGGGUGCCAUCUUAACCCGUCUCGAUGUCCGUCAGCAAGAUCCAGACUAUCUCACAGCGUCCGAUGAUGAAGACGCAUCUGAAUCGCGAACCUCAGGCCGCGGCGGUAACCCGUACCGAGACGCGAACAAGGCCGCUCUAACUGAUUAUGUCCUUGCCCAUGCCAGCGACAAUUUCGACAAUGACUCUGCAUCUUCCACCAAAGCCAAAACCCAAGGCCCGGACAGCAUCAUUGACCAGGCACGCGAAUACCAGCAAGAACUGUUCGAACGAGCAAAGGAAGAGAACACUAUCGCCGUGCUUGACACCGGUAGUGGGAAGACAUUGAUCGCCGCCUUAUUGAUCCGCCAUUUCCUGCAACAAGAGCUCAUCGACCGCAGCCAGGGCAGACCAUCCAAAAUCAUCUUCUUCCUUGUCAACAGUGUCCCUCUUGCCAACCAACAGGCACGAUUUCUGAACAAUAAUCUGCCCCACGAUGUCAUCGCUCUCUACGGGGAUUCGAGUGAUGACCUGUGGAAGAAGGCGGAAUGGGACAAGAUCCAUGCCAGCACCAAUGUCAUCGUUUGUACAGCCCCUGUCCUGGAGCAAUGUCUGAUGCACAAAUACCUGGACAUGGGUCAGAUAUCACUGAUCGUGUUUGACGAAGCCCACCAUUGUAAGAAGAACCAUCCAUACUCGAAAAUUAUGCGAGAUUAUUAUCUCAAAUGGAAAGACACCAGACCUCGCAUAUUCGGCAUGACCGCUUCACCUGCAGAUGAGUCCAGGCGUGAUAUCACUCAAGUGGUCGCCGACCUUGAAUCGAUGCUGCAGAGCAAGAUAGCCACAACCCACGACCUGUCAGUUUUCGAUUUCGCUCCGAGGCCGCGGGAUGAAAUCUGGACGUUUCCGCCACUUCUAGGGGAGUUUGAUACAGACCUACAUGCUCAACUGCGUCCGUUGUGUGGCUUUGUUGAAGACCUCAAACAACACUUUGAUUUCUCGCGCGCCGCAUCCGGUCAGCUGGGGUCCUGGGCAGCUAAUAGAGUGUGGAAACACGCUCUCCCAACCUCGGAAUAUGGAGCUACCGGUAUCAUCACAAAGCUCGAGCGGAGCUCUGCGUAUAUCCAGGGAACGGACAAUGACAGCCGAGAGGCGGCGUUAAAGUCUGUUCGCGAAGCCAUUGCUGUCAUUCAGAAACACGACUUCAGCUACCUCUGUCUGGACAAGCAUCAGGAACUGUCCUCCAAAGUAAAAUGUCUUUACGACCGGCUCAAGCAAUGCUACUCAAUGUUCCCUACCACCAGAGCAAUCGUCUUUGUUGAGCAGAGGUUAACGGCAUUCGUUCUUUAUGACCUUUUCGAAAUGUUGAAUCUGCCGAACCUACGACCAGGUGUCCUCGUCGGUCGUGGUCAGAGGGGCGGAGAGUCGAAUUCGUGGAAAAAUCAAGAAGCCGCUUUGGAAGACUUUCGAACUGGAAUCAUCAACAUUAUGUUUGCUACGAGUGUUGCCGAAGAAGGCAUCGACAUCCCCCAAUGUAACCUGGUGGUCAGGUUUGACUUGUACAAAACACCCAUUCAAUACAUGCAAAGUCGGGGCCGUGCUCGAAUGAAAGGGUCUGUUUAUGCACAUAUGAAGGAAGAGGGCAAUCAAGGUCAUCAAUCCCUUAUCGACUAUGUCAUUGCUCAAGAUGAGUACAUCAGAAUGUUCUGUCAACAACUCCCACCAGAUAGGCUGCUGGGUCAAGGAACACGAUUAAGGCAAAUCAUGGCUCGUGACAUGAGCUGUCAGACCUUCAAGACGUCGUCCGGAGUUGUCGCAAAUUACAGCAACUCACUCAUCCUGUUGAAUCGGUAUGCGGAGUCGUUGAGGAAGAUUGGAGCAACAUCUGCGGAAGUGUAUGAAGAGACAAUAGAUGUGGAAGAGAACAUGUUCAGGUACAAAGUUAUCCUUCCGGUCACAGAUGAUGAACGCACCGCGGCCGUCAGAGGUGCUCGAGGGCAUCUCCGAACGAACAAGAUAUUGGCAAAACGCUCCGCGGCCUGGCACUGUUGUUACAAGUUACGCAAAGCACGCCUCUUGGACGAGAAUCUGGAUAGUAUUUUUGUCAAGGUUAAGCCGAAGAAUUCGAAUGCUCGACUCGCCGUAUCGGAGAAGAAGGAUGAUUAUGACAAGAAGCUCAAGCCGGAUUUCUGGGUGGACAGCGGUGCUGGUUCCUGUGAGCUGCCGGCAGAACUGUUUGUCACCCACAUCCAGCUUGAACCUCAGUCACCGCCAUGGAAUACAGACGGCUUGUUGCUGCUGACGCGAUCGCCGCUCCCACAAAUAAACCCCUUCCCCGUCUUUGUGGACGACAACGUCGAGAAACAAAUCAUCUUCAAGCGCCUUGACCAGGCGGUUGCGGUUUCCCCAGACCUGGUUGAGGCGCUGACGAAGUUUACACUCAAUGGAGUGUUUGAAGAUAUUUUCAACAAGACGUAUGCCCCUGUCUCCACGUCUAUGAGCUACUGGUUAGCCCCUCCACUCAAGGGAUAUUUGACUGGGAGUCAGCGCUUUGAGGAUAUUGUUCACAUGACCGAGCUCCUGGUUGCUAGCUCAUCGGAACGGCAACGAUGGGCCCCGGCAGAAACUCAUGAUGCGACGCUCAGGAACGCUGGGAGAUGGUGUAACGCAUUCCUCGUUGAUCCUGGUAGUGGAAGGUUCCACUAUUUCACCAAAGGUAUUGUUGCGGGAAAAUCCAUAUGGGAUGCACCACCAGAAACAGUGCAGGGCGUUCAGAAGAAACAUAAAGACAGCAUUAUCGAGUUCUCCGACAGUACUUGGCGCAAGAAGUCGAAGGAUUUGGCCUCAUCGGCCGGCAAGUAUGAUCCGAACCAACCUGUUAUCCAAGCCCAAAUGAUCAUCUCAGGACGCAACUACCUAGAAAAAUAUCCCAGGGAAAACCAGCGCACUGCUAUGUGUCUGAUUGCACCGCAGCCGCUCGAGAUUGCUCGAGUCUCGUCUCCAGUGGCACGAGCUUGUCAAAUGUGGCCCUCUAUCCUGCACAGAUUAGAAGCCUACCUCAUUGUCGGCGAGGCGUUCAACAAACUUGAUCUACGCGAAGUACCCUACCACCUCGCCUUGGAAGCUUUCACGAAAGACAACAGUCCCGAUGCAGAAAUCGGCGAGGUGUCACCUGACAAUACUACAACCGGCGAUGUGCCAUCCGAUGGGAGUCCAACACUGAACUAUGAACGACUAGAGUUCAUCGGCGACUCGCUCCUGAAGAUGAUGACGACCAUCACGGUGUUCAACCGUACCACGUGCAACGAAGAAGGAAUGCACUGCAAGCGUAUGGAAAUGCUAUCCAACAACCGACUGUUUUCCGUGGCUUCUUCACCACGUUACGAGCUUUAUCGCUACAUCCGUGCAGGAUCUGAAGACCAUUGGCGUGACACGUGGUACCCGGAAUUCUUGGAACUGAAGAGAGGCCGAGUCAUCAAGUUGACAGACAAACACCGCAAACAUGCGUUAGGAAAGAAGACGAUAGCAGAUGUUUGCGAAGCCACAAUUGGCGCUUGUAUCAUGACGACCCAACAUUUACCGACGGAGGAGAAGCUCGAUCUUGGGAUCAAGGCAAUCACCAAACUGGUGGAAGACGAAGACCAUGCGAUUACUUCGUGGAAAGAGAUCGCGCCCAUGUACAGACCGCCGAAAUGGAUAAUGGCAAUGAACGACCCGGUGGCAAAUGACCUAGCAAGAAAGAUGUGCGAGAUUACUGGAUACCGGUUCAAGAAUCCAUGCCUGUUGCGCUCGGCCUUCACCCAUUCCUCAGACCAAAACUCUCCAGUACCGGAUCUUCAACGACUCGAGUUCUUGGGGGACGCUUGUCUCGACUGGGUUUGUAUCUGGUGGUUAUUCUCCACUAAUCCGACGCGCAAUCCGCAAUGGUUGACCGAACACAAAAUGGCAAUGGUGUCGAACAAAUUCCUCGCGGCCCUCGCAGUUACUCUGGGCUUCAAUAAACUGAUCUACGCGUCGGGGCCAGCACUAUACGCGGAAAUUGGGAAUUACGCGGCCAAGGUCCAAGAAGCGUACACGGAGGAAGGAGUCAAGCCUGAUUUCUGGACACGGGUUUCUUCUGGCUCGUCCCCGCCGAAAGCACUGGCAGAUUUGGUCGAGAGCUACCUGGGUGCGGUGCUAGUAGAUUCGGGGUUCGAUUUCCGCCAGAUCGAGACGUUCUUUGAAAACCAUGUCAAAUGGUUCUUUGAGGACAUUGAGGCCUACGACACGUUUGCCCACCGACAUCCCACGACUUAUUUGUUCCGGCUGUUGAGGGAAGGAUUCCGAUGCGUCAAGAGCGAGCCCGUGGUCAUAGUCAAGCCCGUGCAGCCCACCACGUCGUCAUCGCACCACCACCGGCGUGACGGUGACGGUGACGACGAGGACAGCGAGGGCGGCGAUGAUGCGAUUUCCGGCUCCCUGGUGUAUGUGGCUUGGUUCGUUCACGGACGCAGGGUGGCAGUCAGCCAGGGUCAAGGGGCCAAGUAUGCCAAAGUCCGGGCGAGCAAGUCGGCGUUGAAGAUCUUGGGCAAGUUGAAGGUCGACGAGUUCCGCAAGGAAUGGGGAUGUGAUUGUGGACAGAGGAAGGCCGAUUCGUGA